UUGGUCUCGCUUCCUUCGAGACUUCACGAGAAAAAGUCACGGAAGUUGGUAUGGUUACAGCGUCAAGAUGGCGGCAAGUGGACCGUCCCUCGUGUUUACUGCAAGUUCAUCAAAACAUAAGAAGAACAGUGCUCAAGAUGCCAAACUCCUACGACGACCAAGAGCCCCUAAACCCCUACCUCCACUGUCAGCACCUUCCCCAACCAAGAAUGCAAAUUCACCAGUGAAACCAUUUUAUGAAACAUAUGACUAUGAUACAGAUAUUCCUACAAGAGAAACCCCAGUGACAAUUCGACAGUCUCCCACACCAAGUGUGGUGCCUAGCUUGAUAUCACCGCCACCUUCAGAAUCCAACCCAACAAGAAAACACUACCUAUACAGACAUGUUAUACAGCAUGGAUCUCAACAAACUAAUGUGACUUUUGUCAGCAGAGAUGACAAGAAAUUUAUUUUGGAUCCUUUGUACAGGGUCAAAACAAGUCUUGGAACUUAUGUUGAUGGAAAAUCUUUAAUAAAGCCGUUUAAACCGAGAGGACCAGAAAGUUUCCCUGCCCGACCACCUCGGAGACACCCUGAAAUAUUCCAUGUUGACUAUGUUGAUGAUAUAAGAUAUUAUGCUCCCCCUACGUUUACUUUAGAAACAUUCAUGAUGGAGAUAUCGGACAGACAGAGACUUCCAAUGAGGUCUGUGAAACAGGCAAUGUGCUCCAGACAUAAUUACAAGAAAAUGACAAAGCUACUUGCCGAACAAAAUACAUAUGAAUUAUCUCAGGACUUAGUUCACACCAACACAUUAACUCCUGAAGGGCAAAGCAUUCCCCCGGUAGAGCCCAGAAUUCCACAGAAGCAGCUGCUUAUAGAGAUGGCGGCCAUGAUAAAACAACAUGUCCGUGAUCUCAUGAACACAGAAGUUAAAUCUGUUAUUCGUCCACUAAAACGAUACAGUCCUAGCCACCAUGAUGCAGAUGUACCACACACAGAGAUUAUACUGUAUGAGGACGAUACAACAGAGGUGGCCAGUAGGAGUCAGCAGAUUCGACAAGAUACAGAAAUUCCCUCUGUGGAUUCCAUGUUCCACUCAGCCCGGUCUCGGUAUUUCCAGGGCUCAGGACGCAGUCAGUCACCCUUCACUGCACCUGGAGAUGCUAAUGGAGUAAUCUCCCCUUCAGAACUUGCAAUAUUAGAUUCCCUCAUCAAUGGUGGCAGGGCUCUGAGUUUGAAGGCACAUUUUAUAUCAGAAUUGCCAGACAUCAACCCUCUCAUUCGAACAGUGACCUACAUCAACCUGUCAUUCAAUGACUUCACGCUGUUUCCUCGCUCCAUACUUGAUGUAAAGCAGUUGGUGACACUGAAGUUGAGGAACAAUCCUCUACGAGAACUGCCACCUGACAUCCAGCGUCUUAAGAACUUAAAAACAUUGGUUGUGUCUUUCUGUCUCCUACAGACACUGCCUCUUGGUUUGUUUUCUUUGCAAAAACUGCGGCAUCUGGAUAUCUCCUACAACAAAAUCACUUUUGUCCCAAAUGAAGUCAGUCAGUUCAGGUCCCUGAGAGAACUAAAUAUGGAGGGAAACCAGUUACCAGCCAUGCCAUGUGGUGCUUUACUGUUGGAACUCAACUAUCUCAAUGUCAAAAACAAUUUUAUGCAUCCGCUGUUUUGGAAAGAAAAUACUCGCAACCAACCUCAGAGACUGAUUGAUAUGGCCGCUCUGACAAUGUGUAAGUCUGAAAUGUACCGGAAGACGGAGGGCCUGGCACCGUCAGUCAUCAGCGUCUUGUCCAGCCGGUCUACAUGUGACUGCUGCCAUGGACCUCUAUAUGGACCAGGCUUGAGGAUCAUACGACCUGUGAGCAAGCUUCAUGGUAUCAUCAAUCUCCCCUUCAUCUUCCGUGCCUGCUCACCUCACUGUCUCAGGGACUUCAAAAGCAGCAAAGAGACACUCUCCGAAAUUCUGUAUGGUGCUAGGGAAGGACUUACUGAUGAAGAAGAGGAGGAGGAGGAGGAAGAGGAGGAGGAGGAGGAAGAAGGGGAGUAAAAUUACCUAAAAGUUGUCAUCAAUUUAUCCAGUUUAAUGAAUAUCUGUUUUGGGAACUAUGUAAGUGAAAUAUUAACAGACAAUAAAAGUAUAUAAACGAUAAAAUCUAUGGCAAUAUUGACAUGAUAUUCAUUGUAGCAUGGUUACUGAUAAGAAAUAUGCUGUUAGUAAUUUCUGCUGUCUUGCCAUGUAAUUGACCAGGGUUGUUUAGAGCUGAGGUGAUACCAUCAGAGACUGGAGUCUAUAGUGCUAGUUUUAUUGGACAAAGUACAAUUCAUGUCCAAUUUCUGUUUCAUUGUGUCCAUUUACAUUGUAUCUACAUGAGUAGAUAUUGUUACUCGCGCUCUUUCUCAAAGUUCUUAUUGUAUUUUUGAAAUAUGAAGAAGCUACAGUAUUUGUAGAAUUUGACUUUUUUUAUAUCGCGAUGUCAAAAUUUAGAAUACUGUUGCAGCAUGAUUCUAAUAUUAAAGAAAGGGGAAGUGGAUACUGUCACUAGGGUAAACAAAUAGUAUAUGCAUCUACCAAUUUAUUUUAUGUAUUGGUCAUAAUAAUAUUCUAGCUGCUGACAUGUCAAAAAUACUGAAUUCACAUUCCAUAUACACGUAUAUCAUUACUUAUAUCAGAAUUUCAAAGUUUACCAAAAUUAAUUUUAGCUAUAAGAUAGUCAAAAUAAUACCUAAAUGUAGCAUGGAAUUUCAUCUUAAUUCAUGUAAAUGUGAUGAUUUAAGCAGUAAAAUGAUCAUAUGGCUUUUAUCUUGGUAACACUUUAAAGCUCACUUUCACCUGUGAUAAUUGAAGGUUGGUGACCCAAGUUUGAUCAUAAGCUUGCUUUAUUACUAAGCAUUAUUGUAAUCAAUGCAAUUCAAUUCCACAAACAAUUUAUAUAUCAAUGAAAAUUAGGGGAAAAACAUUAUCAAAUAAAUGCAAAGAAAAUUUUGUUAUGAAAUACAUGUAAAGCUUGUUAGUUCUCAAUCUUUUUUUUGUUGUUGUCUUUUUUUAACAUGUCAUGUUUAUGUAGAAACCACAUUACGUCAAAAUCAAAUCCCUAAUUGAUCACUUUAUAACUAGCAUUGGUUUAUUUCAUUAAUGAUGCUGGCACACUUAUUGUAGAUCUACAAGGCUGCAUCUGAAAGUAAAAUUUGGAUUUCAGUAAAAUUUUUGUUUUAGCAAAACAUAAUUUUUCUUUACAAUAUAUUUCACACGCAUUAUUAUUUAACAUUUUAUUAAAAUGCAACUUUUAACAUUUGAACAGAAUGUGGAAAUAAGCUUUUUAUAUAAUUGAAUUUGAAAAAAAAAAUCUUAUCUUUAUUCGUGGUAUUUAUUGUUCUCAUUUAAGUGUUUAUUGUCGUAUAUCCCCAACCCUACAGGCCAUUGUGUAUUAUAGAUAUAAUAGAUAUAUCCGUGGGCUUGGGGAUUUGUGCCUUCGUUUAUAUGUUAGAUUGUCUACUCAGAAACUUAGUAUCAAUACAAGUAUUAAUGUGAUUCUGUCAGUAUGCUAAAGUAGAUGAUAUUAAUGGUGACAAUGUAUUUCACUGAAUGGACAUGUUUAGUGCUUACAUAUUUAUUUGAUAUGAAACUUUUGUAUUUAUUUUGUUUUACCAAAAGGAACAUGAUGGAUAUAAAUCAGUACUUAUUUGUUAAUUAAAUCAGUAUAUUUCUGUUAUAUUUUGUAAAUGCCAUAUUUUAAGUUUUGCCAAAAAUACAGAUUGGUAGUUUGAUAUACAUAAAAAUGUAUGAUUUAUUGUUUUUCUAAAAAUCAUUUUAAAGAAAUGAAUAAGAAACUAUGUUUUUUGGCUCUUGUUUGAGUUUCAUAUCACAAUUCAAUCAUCGUUACCUGUACGUAAUGGAGACUAUCAUUACUUGUCACAAUUCAAUCAUCGUUACCUGUACGUAAUGUAGACUAAUAAUCAUCGUUACCUGUACGUAAUGUAGACUAUCAUUACUUGUCACAAUUCAAUCCUCGUUACCUGUACGUAAUGUAGACUAUCAUUACUUGUCACAAUUCAAUCUUGUUACCUGUACGUAAUGUAGACUAAUAAUCAUCGUUACCUGUACGUAAUGUAGACUAUCAUUUCCUGUCACUAUUCAAUCAUUGUUACCUGUACGUAAUGUAGACUAAUAAUCAUCGUUACCUGUACGUAAUGUAGAUUAUCAUUACUUGUCACAAUUCAAUCCUCGUUACCUGUACGUAAUGUAGACUAUCAUUACCUGUCACAAUUCAAUCCUGGUUACCUGUAGGUAAUGUAGACUAUCAUUACUUGUCACAAUUCAAUCAUCGUUACCGGUACGUAAUGUAGACUAUCAUUACUUGUCACAAUUCAAUCCUCGUUACCUGUACGUAAUGUAGACUAUCAUUACUUGUCACAAUUCAAUCUUGUUACCUGUACGUAAUGUAGACUAAUAAUCAUCGUUACCUGUACGUAAUGUAGACUAUCAUUUCCUGUCACUAUUCAAUCAUUGUUACCUGUACGUAAUGUAGACUAAUAAUCAUCGUUACCUGUACGUAAUGUAGACUAUCAUUACUUGUCACAAUUCUAUCACUGUUACCUGUACGUAAUGUAGACUAAUAAUCAUCGUUACCUGUACGUAAUGUAGACUAUCAUUACUUGUCACAAUUCAAUCUUGUUACCUGUACGUAAUGUAGACUAUCAUUUCCUGUCACUAUUCAAUCAUUGUUACCUGUACGUAAUGUAGACUAAUAAUCAUCGUUACCUGUACGUAAUGUAGACUAUCAUUACUUGUCACAAUUCAAUCAUCGUUACCUGUACGUAAUGUAGACUAUCAUUACUUGUCACAAUUCAAUCCUGGUUACCUGUACGUAAUAGAGACUAUCAUUACUUGUCACAAUUCAAUCCUGGUUACCUGUACGUAAUAGAGACUAUCAUUACUUGUCACAAUUCAAUUAUCGUUACCUGUACGUAAUGUAGACUAUCAUUACUUGUCACAAUUCAAUCUUCGUUACCUGUACGUAAUGUAGGUUAUGCUGCUGGUCAUGGUUUUGUCAAUUUAUAUCAUUUGAUGAAAUUAUUGGGAAUAAGUUAGAACACUAAAUGAGAAAUUCUAAGUAGAAAAUAAUUUCUCAAUACAUGCAUACAGAAAGGUUGGUGUUGUGAAACCAUAUAUCUUGUAUAAAGCCUAAAGGCUAAACUGUUAAUCUUGUUGUAUUGUUGGUAUCAGAUGGAGAUACACUGUAUUUAAAGUUGUAUGACUGUGAUAUUAAUAUGAAUUACUGCAAUCAGUUGACAAUAAAUAUUGAAAAAAUA